GUUUGUGCGCCCUUCAAAUGAUGACUCUGUCCCACCAUCUCUGAGGAUCCUUCUUGUGUUUGCUGAAUUUCUUAUCUCAAGACUUCCUUUGAAAGAACAAGCCAAUUCAGGCACAGAAGAACUCCAUGCUCUUGACACAGUCUUCCAUGGCAUGCAAUUUUGGGUCUAUGACCUUUCUUCUCAGGCAAAUGCUGCCAUCUUUGAUGUCCUUGAACACUUCAUCACAGAUAAUCUGAAGAUGAUACCAAUGAAGGCAGACACUUCUCCAUGUUUCAGCGCCCUAAGCAUUUACUCCGACCUGGUCUACACAUGAUGGCAUACCAUGUCCCCUAGAUCCCUGGAGACAGUUGUUGAUUUCAUGUUCAACAAUCCUAAUGGUUUCAGUAUUGCAGGCAACAUCAUAGCCAGGGGUCUUUAUGCAGGCAGCCCAACAAUGUACAGUGUCUUUCAUGCAAAGCAAUGCUUAGAAUAUUUUGGGCAUUGUGGAUAUGACCCUGGAUUUGUAUAUAUUAUUGAAGGCUACCUCUCUACAAUAGGACAUCACUCAAAAUCCUGUCUUGAACCUUCAGUAGAACAGGAACAUAUUGACUAUCUCCACACACCUGACAACCUUUUUGUUGUCUGCUCCAUCCUGGCUGUUGGUUCCAAUAAAUUUUCUAUCCGUUACUCGAAUCGCAGAAAGCAAAUCAGGAAAAAUAUCUUGUCACUUGUCCAGAUUCAACGGGAUAAUCCUGUAUGGGAUGAAUGCCGGUACAGGCUUCAACAAUUGCUCGAAAAUGAUGGAAUGGAUUUCUUCUAUCGACAAGCUUCUGUUCGUGGAAUUGAACAAAUUGCCUUGUCAGGAGAAAUGAUUGCGGAACAAAGGAAAUAUAUUCGUUUCGCUAUUGAGACUUUGAAUGCAUUUUUCUCGGGUGAGCUGGAUGAGGAGUUGGUUGGAAUUACUUCUGACUGGGGUCAACCUGAGGAACAGAUUUCUGAUGCUCCUGCACCUUCUGCCGAUGCUUUACCCAACCCUUGGCCGCACUGGUCCAGUUGCAUGCAUCGGUUGCUACCAUGGCACAAUCACAAUACGGCGAGUGAUGACGAUGCCGAUAGGAAUGUUUAA